AUGUGCACUCUGGAGAAACUUGAUGGCCUCUUUAUUGUAACAAUAACCGGGAAUGAUGAGCACCGGCUUAACCCGAUUCUGAUCGACUCCAUCCGGGCCGCACUCCACCGGGCUAAGAUUGAAUCCGAGUCUAUGGGGCCCACGGCCCUUAUCACUACCGGCCACGGCAAGUUCUUCUCCAAUGGCUACGACCUCUCAUGGGCCUUGUCAGAUCCAGAUCCGGGCCAAGCCCAAGCUCAAACACGACCCAAGUUGAUGUCUAAGAAGUUACGGUGUUUAGUCUCCGACCUCACAUCCCUUCCUAUGCCCACGAUCGCCGCUGUCACCGGUCACGCUUCCGCUGCCGGCUUCGUUCUAGCCCUAAGCCACGACUAUAUCGUAAUGCGCAAGGACCGAGGCUUCCUUUAUAUGAGCGAGCUCGACAUCCGGCUGAAAAUAUCUUCUUGGUUUGUGCAAAUUGUGAAAAGUAAAAUUGCGUCUCCGAAGGUGUGGAGGGAGGUGAUUUUAAAAGCCUCCAAAAUCAACGCGGAGAUGGCGGUGGAGUGGGGAAUUGUGGACUCCGCACAUGAUAGCGCGGAGGAGACAGUGGAGGCCGCGUCGAGGCUGGGGAUGGAGCUGGUGAAGAGGAAUUGGGAUGGAAAAGUGUAUGCGGAGAACAGGAAGACCCUUUUUGUUGAUGUGAUGGCGGCUUUAAGUUCCGAUGAGACGGUUGGAGAUACUGAUUGCAAUGAUAGUCAUAAGGCUGUUUCGAAACUGGGGGAAGGUUUUCAGAGGAGGACAUUACGAGGAGUGAAAAGCAAGAGUUGGAAAACGGGGAAGAGAGAAAUCAAGAAGUUAAUGGGAAAGAUUGAAGAUAAUGAUGGUAUGGAGUUUGACAAAAAAGAAAAGGUCGAAAUCGGAGAGAAGCAGCCAGGUCGGAGGGGAAGAAAAAGAAAGAGCAAGAAAGGGAAAGGGAAAUUUGGAUGA